AUGCGUCACAUAGUUCUCCGGUCCGGUAUAACCGCAUCGACACUCUCCCUCUACCCUGAUCUUCUUAACCCCUGUCAAAUCCAAACAAUGUCGACCUCGCGCCUGCACCACGAAAGCGGCCGCCUACCGCGCUGCACUCAUCGGCUCCAACAUACCAGCGCCGACACCGCGCCACCGUACGAGCUCUCGAAAGAUCGCUCUGGCAACUACACUCUCAAAUGCCCUGCGUUUCACGUCGACGGCAAUGUCAUCACCAUCCUCGAAACCGACGCGGACCCAGACAACUGCAUCCCCGACGGCAAUAUCCUCCCUCAGGGCGACGACAUCGUCACAUCGCAGAUGAUCCCGUUCGCGGCCCGCGAUAUGACGCGCGAAGACUGGUUGGAGCAGGUCGGGAUGCUCAUAGCGGCUGUGAUGUUUGGGAUAAGGAAGGACGAGGGUGGGAAGGACUUUACGCUCGCCAACUUUCCGGACAGAUACGUGUUCUACCUGUGGGAGAAGACAUGGGACUCGGGGUCAAAACGCCCGCGGACGGACGUCUAUCUGCGGGCCUCGGAAGAGCUCAGAUUCGCCAGCCCGCUUGAGUUCGCUCGACAUGCUAUGUGGUUGAUGGACGGGAUGCCUGUGAGGAGGGGACGGCCCGUGUGCAUAUGCAAAUACUGCGCACCCAGAUCCUCGCAGGAGGUAAUCUCUGCUGAGCUGCGCGUCAUCGGGGGUAUGCGUCGGAAGAGAGAUCUGGAACUGAUACGCAAGCGUGGCAGGGCGUCUCGAAGGAGCACAUGA